AUGGCGAUGAUAAUGCAAACAAACCCACGAGGUCUGUCUGAAGAUUUAGGCCCAGAAGCGUCGCAGGAGCUGAGGAAUUGGUUAGUUCCGGUUAUUCCAGAAGAUUUUACAGAGAAUCUUUUUGCUGGUAGACUUGCUGACGUACCAAAUCCCGACGAACUAACUGAAGGUUCGAUAUUCGAAAGCAAAGAACUUCUCAAGCUAGCUGUUGGCUUGUGGCAUUUGGAACAUCGAGCAGAAUUCAUCAUUCCUCGUUCCAACCUGGAUAGGAUUACAUUCAAAUGCAAAUAUCAAAAUCGGUGUCCAUUUCAGUUACGAGCCACUCAGCAGAGAUCUUUUUGGUUUAUUCGCAAGUUUGGGCCUGCGCAUACUUGCAUUGGGGACAUGGUAAACACUGGUGUGCGAAAGUUCCAUGCUCGAGUCAUCGCAGCACAUAUUGCAAAGAAAAUGCAUGAGGAUGGUGAAAUCGUGAAGCCGAGGACUAUUAUGACCGACCUACAACGGGAAUAUGGUGUGAAUAUCAGUUACAGUGUGACAAUUCGAGCAAGAAAUGGUGCCGUUGAGAUGAUAUAUGGGGGGCACAAAGAAUCGUAUUCAUUGCUUCCUGCCUACUUACACAUGUUAAGGACGUGCAAUCCAGGAUCGUUGACAGACUUGGAAAUUGAUGCUAGUGGUCGGUUCAAGCACCUUUUUGUGGCACUAGGUUCAUGUAGACUGGCAUAUACUAUGUGCCUAAGGACAGUAAUUGUGGUAGAUGGCACACACUUGAAGGGAAGUAACAAAGGUAUAUUGUUUGUUGCAGUGACGAAGGAUGGCAACGAACAAGUCUUUCCCUUGGCAUUCGGUGUUGGGCCUAUAGAGAAUGAUGAAUCAUGGACAUGGUUUUUGUCUCGACUGAAGUCAGCUUAUGGUGAGAAUUCAGAAAUGUUGAUUGUUUCUGAUGCACAUGUUAGUAUAGCGAAUGCUGUGAAAGCUGUAUAUCCGCAGGUUGCACAUGGUUUGUGUUACUACCAUCUGUUGAACAAACUCACUCGAUUUGGCAAGGCAGCAGUUGCACUAUACCAGAAAGCAGCUUAUGCGUAUAGAGAAAGUGAGUUUGAUGCUGCGAUGGCAAGUUUAAAAAACUCUUAA